ACUCUCAACACCACCCAUAAUUAUCGCUUUUUCAUUGCAAUCGUCAUGUCAUUGUCUUUUUGCCCCUUCAAAUUAAUUAUAUGUUCUUGAACAGUCCAGUACUCUUUAUAGUUUGAACCAAAUUGCUUUUUGCUUUCUUAGUUCAUAACAUCAUAAGUUAGAGAGUCUCUCUUUUUCUUCCUUGUUUGAAAACUUUGUGUUAUAUAUAUUUUUGGAGAAUUAAUAUAUAGGGUGAGAAAAUGUUUAGGUUGAUAACAGGUAGACCAGGUCCAAGUGGUUUUGGAUCAGCUUCCACUGCUGAACAAGUUACUGAUGGAAUUGAUGGCUCCAAUCUUACAGCCAUUGUUACAGGAGGUGCAAGCGGCAUUGGUUUGGAGACAGCAAGAGUUUUAGCAAUGAGGAAUGCCCAUGUCAUUAUUGCAGCAAGAAAUAUGGAGGCUGCAAAUGAAGCAAAACAGCGUAUACUAAAGGACAAUAAAGCUGCUCGCGUCGAUAUUGAGAAACUUGACUUGAGCUCAAUUAGAUCCGUCAAGGCAUUUGCAGAUAAUUUCAUAGCACUUAACCUUCCUCUUAACAUCUUAAUUAACAAUGCAGGUAUCAUGUUCUGUCCAUUUCAGCUUUCAGAAGAUGGCAUUGAGAUGCAAUUCGCCACAAAUCAUCUAGGUCACUUCUACUUGACUAAUCUGCUUAUAGACAAUAUGAAGGAAACAGCAAAAGUUAGUGGUAUUGAGGGUAGGAUUGUGAACUUGUCAUCAGUAGCUCACCUCUGCCCUUAUAAAAAAGGAAUAAAAUUUCACAAAAUCAAUGACAAGAGCAGUUAUCAAGACAAACUAGCAUAUGGACAAUCCAAAUUAGCCAAUAUUUUACAUGCUAAUGAGCUUUCUCGCCGCUUGCAGGAAGAAGGAGCAAAUAUAACUGUCAACUCAGUGCAUCCAGGUUUAAUAAUGACAAACCUCAUGAGGCAUUCUGCUCUAUUGAUGAGAAUCUUAAGGGCUUUCACUUGUUUUCUAUGGAAGAAUGUUCCUCAGGGAGCAGCUACAACAUGCUAUGUUGCCCUCCAUCCAAGACUGAAGGGAGUGACUGGAAAGUACUUCCUCGAGUGCAACGAGUACAAGCCAAGCAAGCUAGCACGAGACGAAGCUUUAGCACGUAACCUUUGGGAUUUCAGCAACAAUUUGGUUAAUGCAAGUCUAAAGACUUGAUAAGUUGAAUGCAUGCAGUUCCUGAGAAAGAAACUAUUUUUUGAUUAGUAUUUUGUGAAUUUGUUUAGAAGUUCUUUGAGUUAAGCUUUACUAGUUCUGUUUCAAAUGUGAGACCUUGUGUCUGUUUUUAAGACCUAUGUUUAAAAUAUGAACAAUAUGUUUUUUACUUUAAUUUGCUGUUCUUUUGGUUACCAGCCAUUGUAAAUUACUAUGCUAUUAUAUGGGAGAAAUUCAAAAAUCUAAA